AAAACUAGGGAUCUGAGUUUUCGGAUAUGUGCUAAGGUUUGGGUCCCACUAUUCUACAGGAACGCAACAAAAAUUCAAGUAAAGAUGAAACUGAGUGCUGACUUUGUUCCUUACGGGCCUAAAAUAACAAAGCUUUAAAGACAAGAGGGGCUUUUUCAACUGUCUAAUUGGCUUCGACCCUUAUCUGUGAGGGAUCCCAGACACACAGAAGGUGUCCGAGUUGUCCAAGUCCUCCAGGCCGGACUGAGAGGACAACUCCAAAUAAUAGGAAAAAAAAGAGAGAGCGAGCCAGGGAUAUGGUUGUUUUGAUGUGCCAUGAAGUUGCAGCCUUUCUGGAUUUUUUUAGUAUCGAUUUAUAUUGCUGUUUGUCUACUAAUACUCAAAUCAGAGCAAGACGGUCCACCUUACCUCAAUCUGGUUCUUUUAAGGUUUGAUUUUGGUUUUGGGGACUGCAGAGGUGCAGCUUCCCACGGCAGACCAAGCGCCUCUGAGGAACGUAGCAGCCUCAGCAGGCACAGGAAGAUUUCCCGCAGCCGGAGGAAUCUCCUAGUGCUGGGCCUCCGUGACUUUUGCCAUUUCAAAUUCACUUGGCCUCUAGGGAGAGGCGGACAGCCCGACGCUGAGCGCGUUGGAGCCCCGGCUCCCUCUGUUUCUGGAGAGGAGAUUUAGCCUUAAUUUUUGUGACAGAUGGAGUUGAUAGUCUCUCCACGGAAAGGGGAGGAAAAAAGCGCCAGUUUUUGACAGGCCGCAGACGCCCGCUGCCUCUGGUGGCCGAAGGCUGCGUUGCGCCCCAGUUAAGGUAGCUCGGAAACUCCCGCGCCGAGAAGGCAGAGUUUCCUCUGCAGAGCAGCCUCGCUUAAAUGUAGUGAGGGGCUGAAACUUACACUUUAAUAUAAACCCUUGGUGCGUGCCCAUUUAUCUCCUUCUUCUGUCUUGUGACUGCGGCCAGGUGGUACUUGCUCGACAUUCUUGAAUAUUUUUAAUGCUAUUCAAAUUUUUUCAUUACUGCACGUGUUGCAAGCUUAUCUUCCUAAGAAAUUAUUUCGGUCGAUUGGAUUUCGGUCUUGCAAUUUGAAAACGAUGCCUGGCGCACAGGCGGUACCUGCCAGAUGGCCUAGCUGGGGCUGGGGGGUGGCGGGCGGGUAGUGAGCAUCUCAUCAACAUCUCCCUAAUAAAGUGUGUGCUUCUUUCUUGUAUGCUUCUUUAAAAAAGUUUCAGUCUCACAUUUUAUCUCCGGAUUCUCCCCUUCCCCUCUGUGGUGAUCGAGACCCAAAGACAGGGAGCCUGGAAGAUAAACUGAGUUCUGAAUCCAGUCGAAAGCACAGAUGGGGGCCAGCGAGAAUUAAUAAAACUACAAAAAAAAAAAAAAAAAAGAAAGAGAAAUAGAAAAAAGAACGAAACAAAAAAGGCCCGUGGCUGAGCCGGAUGCAAACAUCUGCCCCUAAGCCCUGCCCGCUGAUUCUGUGCGCGAGCUGGGGGGCUGCAUAUCCGAGCCUCCUUAAGAGUAGGAGGAGCUCCGGGCCUCCGUCAGGCUCCCUAAGCCGUUCCUUUCAAGCCCUGAAUGCCUGAAUGUGAGCUGCCCACCACCCUACCGCCCUCCCCCACUCCGCAACCCCACUCCAGCGGCUUGUAAAAAAAAAAAAAAAACUUUCAACAACAACAGGCAGGACCAAUAGCAUCUCGGAAAGCCGGGAAAGGGGGCCGAGCAAAGGGCGAAAGAGAGUGGAGAAAGGAGAAAGCGGGCAGGCUCGGAGCGCGCGGGGCCGGGGCUCGGCGAGCCGGAGGAGCGUUGCUAAUGUUUUUGUUUGUUUGCUUUUCCAUGCAUGCAUAAUGAGGGGGCACCGCGGCACCACGCGGGGGCUCCCGGCCCACUUUUGUAUUUAAAGCCUCGCUGCUAACGAGUCUGCAGCCGGGCUCAGCGGAUCCGCUCCCCGGGCUCUUGGUCACCCGAAAAGCCGCCGCCGAGUGAAGCCAGGGAGCCGCUCUCCGGCAGCGCCGACUUUCUUGUUCUCCCCGCGCCUCCCGGAAAGAGCUCCCCGGGGCUCGGCGGAGGCCGGGGUUGCCGCGGGCGGAGGGGGAGGGGACGCGGGGCGGCCGGGCCGCGGGAAGGCGGGCAGCGCGCGGACGCCGGGCCAGGAAACGGCGCGAUGCGAGAGACCGCGGCGGCGGUGGCGGCGGCUCGGCACUGAGCCCAGGAGGAAGGAGCCACCGCGGCCGCAGCGCGAGCAGCCGGCGCGGGGACAGCCGGCCGCACAACGGAUCUGCAGGCGCGGAGCAAAAUGCACCCGCCGCGCCGCGCGGUCCUGCAGCCCCGCCACGGCCCCGCGGCCCGCACCCCCCCGGGGCGACAGUAAGCCUCUCCCGCCACCACCGGGGGCCGAGCGGAGGGCUCUCGGGUGGGAGAGCGGGACCAGAUCUCGGCAGCUGUUCAUUUUCAGGAAGCCACCGCAGCCGGAGCGAAAGGGGACCUUCUGCCACCAGCGGGGCAUCAGCCAGCGGCGCGCAUGGAUUUAUGAAGACACUCAUGCAAGAAGUGGGCAGGACUUGGACAAACUUUUCCACCGGCUCCGCGUCCGCCGCUCCCCGCGCUUCGUCUCCUUUCCCCUCCUCUCCCGGCGGCCGCCGCUGCCCGCGAUGGUGGCCGCGCUGCUGGGCGGCGGCGGCGAGGCCCGCUGGGGGACCGUGCCGGGAGCCUGGCUGUGCCUGAUGGCGCUGCUGCAGCUGCUGGGCUCGGCGCCCCGGGGCUCGGGGCUGGCGCACGGCCGCCGCCUCAUCUGCUGGCAGGCGCUGCUGCAGUGCCAGGGGGAGCCGGAGUGCAGCUACGCCUACAACCAGUACGCCGAGGCGUGCGCGCCGGUGCUGGCGCAGCACGGAGGGGGUGACGCGCCCGGGGCCGCUGCCGCCGCUUUCCCGGCCUCGGCCGCCUCCUUCUCGUCGCGCUGGCGCUGCCCGAGCCACUGCAUCUCGGCCCUCAUUCAGCUCAACCACACGCGCCGCGGGCCCGCCCUGGAGAACUGUGACUGCGCGCAGGACGAGAACUGCAAGUCCACCAAGCGCGCCAUUGAGCCGUGCCUGCCCCGGACGAGCGGCGGCGGCGCGGGCGGCCCCGGCGCGGGCGGGGUCAUGGGCUGCACCGAGGCCCGGCGGCGCUGCGACCGCGACAGCCGCUGCAACCUGGCGCUGAGCCGCUACCUGACCUACUGCGGCAAGGUCUUCAACGGGCUGCGCUGCACGGACGAAUGCCGCACCGUCAUUGAGGACAUGCUGGCUAUGCCCAAGGCGGCGCUGCUCAACGACUGCGUGUGCGACGGCCUCGAGCGGCCCAUCUGCGAGUCGGUCAAGGAGAACAUGGCCCGCCUGUGCUUCGGCGCCGAGCUGGGCAACGGCCCCGGCAGCAGCGGCUCGGACGGGGGCCUGGACGACUACUACGAUGAGGACUACGAUGACGAGCAGCGCCCCGGGGGCGCGGGUGGUGAGCAGCCGCUGGACGACGACGACGGCGUCCCGCACCCACCGCGCCCGGGCAGCGGCGCUGCAGCAGCUGGCGGCCGCGGGGACCUCCCCUAUGGGCCGGGGCGCAGGAGCAGCGGCGGCGGCGGCCGCUCGGCGCCCCGGGGCGCCUGGACCCCACUCGCCUCCAUCUUGCUGCUGCUGCUGCUUGGGCCGCUCUUUUAGCCCUCGCGCCCCUCGCCGUUGGCUGCGGGAGAGCCCGCGUCCCACUCCCGUGCUCGCCUCGCCCCCGCGCCGGGCACCUGUGGCUUGGGACAGAUAGAGGGAAUGGUUGGGGAUACUUCCCAAAACUUUUUCCAAGUCAACUUGGUGUAGCCGGUUCCCCGGCCACGACUCUGGGCACUUCCCCUGAAGCUCCUCUCCGGAGCUUGACUUCUUGGACCUCCUCCCCCGCCCCAAUUCCAAGCUCCAGAAACUCCCAACUCGUCUGCCGUCCAGAAACCUAGCUGCAGUGUUCAGGACGUCCGGGAGGAAGCGAGCAUGUGGGGGACAGAACAGUAGUCCUGGACUCGAAAGGGAAGGUGCUGACCAGUGGGGCCUUAGCAAUUUGAAGGGAUGGGAAGGAGAAAUUAUAUUUGCAAAGGGGCUGUCUAUUAGCAUAUUUCCUUUGAGGGGGGAAAAAAAGUGCCAGUAUCGACUUUUAUAGAUUGUGGCCAGUGAGGAUAUUACAAUCCUAUGUAAACAGAAAAGUCCCACUUACCGAUUCAUUCUUUCACUGUUUGUAUCAACGCCCAGAAUUCUCAGUGACGUGGGGGUGAGGGUGGGUGGCGAUUGCCUUAGAGGGAACCCCUAAGUUGGUUUUGGAUACGUUUGAGCCCUUGACCUUGCUACCACUCUGAUCUCUUAGCACAUUUCUUAGGAUUAAGGGUCCAAAAAUGCUGAUCUAAGGGGUUGCCAUGGUGUUGAACAAUGCAACUUUUUAUUUAAAAAAGCUCUGCACUGCCAUGUAUGAAAGUCUCUUUAUGAUGUUUGUUUUUUUGUCAUUUUUGUUCUUUACAUCAAGAAAUUUUAUGUUUAAAUAUGCGGAGAAUGUAUAUUGCCUCUGCUCCUAUCAGGGUUGCUAAACCCUGGUACAUCGUAUAUAAAAUGUAUUAAAACUGGGGUUUGUUACCAGUUGCUGUACUUUGUAUAUAGAAUUUUUAUAAAUUGUAUGCUUCAGAAAUAAUUUAUUUUUAAAAAGAAAUUAAAAGUUUUAAACUCACAUCCAUAUUACACCUUUCCCCCCUGAAAUGUAUAGAAUCCAUUUGUCACCAGGAAUCAACACCCACAGUCCAUUGUGAAGUGUGCUGUAUUUAGAACAGUCUUAAAAUGUACAGUGUAUUUUAUAGAAUUGAAGUUAACAUUCUUAUUUUCAAAAGAAUUUAUGGACGUUGUAGAAAUGUACAAAUGCAUUUCCAAACUGCCUUAAACGCUGUAUUUUUAUAGACAUGUUUUUUAAAAAUCCUAAGUUUUAAAAUAACUAUGGAUUUGUGUAUUUUUUUGGUUAUUUGUUUUAUUAAAACAUGUACAUCAGUAAAGAGUUUUAAACAAUGAAUAUGGUGUAGUUA